AUAUUUGAAUUUGUUUCUAUUUUUUCUUGCAAUGCGCGCCUACAUUUCUUUCUCGCCUACACAAUUGUGAACUCCCCAAACUCAUAUAUAAAAUCUCCACUCAACUCACCUCGCACAUUCAUCUUCUCCCCAAACUAUUUCAUAAACCUCAGGAAAUCCUGUUUCAACAACAUUUCACUUAUCCAUGGCUUCCCACACCGCAAUUCAAAACGACAAUUCUGCUGCUGCCGAUGCUAACACCACCGCUUUAGUUCCAUUCGAGCCGAUGCUUUCGGACCCCGACGCUCCGAUUUCGGCGACGCCCGUAUCUUUCGUCUUGCCGGAGCACGCGGCAGCGAACUCAGCUUCGAGCUCGAGUAACAAAAGGCGAAAGAGAAGGGAAAUCUCGGAAUUGAUGCAGCAACAGAUGGCCAUAGAGUUGGAGACAGAACAACAAAAGCGGCCUAAAUUAAGAACCAUGCUAGCUGAACUUUUUCGGUUUAACUUUGUGCUGCCAAAAGAUUAUGUUCCGGUGAUGGAUGAUGAGAUCACAAAGCUUGUAUCGCUCGGCCAUGAGAAUUGGCUUCCUUUAGCUGAAAGGCUGACUGGCUGGACCAAAGAAGUCCGUGUUCGUACCAGCGGUAUUCAUGAUACUUUUUAUUACCAUGGUGAUAAGAAGUAUAGAACUUUCAGAGAUGUGAAAAGGUAUAUUUAUCUGGGCUACCCGCCAUGCUCGGAGAAUGGGGAUGAUCCAUUGGAAAGGUUGGCCUUAAAUCAACCUGAUCCGAGGCAGGAGAAAAGUCCCUAGGGGUUCAGCAUUUGAAAUACUAACUGUCAGUUAGCCUCUUCGACUGAUUCUCAGGUGGAAGACAGUACAGCUGCCCUCUCCAGCUUCUGAACAUUGACUCUCAUGAUCAAACCUCUCUAGCUAGGAACAUGUAUACAUAUAUAUAUAAAUUUGUGAUAAGCAUCAUACCGGUACUUGUUUCUGUGGCAUGUGGUUAACAAUCUUUGAAACAUUUUCACCUUAGUUACUAGUAUAAGCUGUUGUAUUUGCAAAAAAUUCUCCCCAGAUGGUUCUAUGUUUCUCGGUUGCUGCUUAUUUAAGGAUUGUUAGUGUUUGGAAUUCUGUUUCUGUGGCACGUGGUUUAAAAUCUGAAAAGACAUUUUCACCUUAAUUA